CGCCGAUGGUCAGCAACACGACAACCACCUUCUGAUAUGGAUUUCCUUGCCUCGGACCAACUGACAUCGACACAAAUUAUGCAAGAAAUGAUCAAUUAAGCUCAAUGCUGAAGACUUGUCGUCUCGCCGCGCCUCCACAACCUCCGGCGCAAAACUUAAGCCGAUGCGCAAUUGCCGAUCGAGAUCAUAGAGCCCAAGAAAGAUAUCGAAUAUCAAGUCUCCUUUUACAAGCAGCCACACUUCAGCUAGAAGACAUCUCCGCAAAAGAUUACAUCCAAGCAUAACCACGACGGCGGAUGCUCCACACCACAAGACCAAUCGCCUCCUCCACAGACGCAUACCGAAAAUGUCCACCGCCACGAUCCCAUCAGAAACCAACUUCAACAUCUCCCCUUCCAACCUCGACCACCUAGCCCACCUCUCCUCCCUCCUACACCUCUUCCACCACCGCAACAAAAAUCAACACCGCCACUCAAUCUGGUUCCGACACUUCUGUACCUUCCGUCAAAAUCUCUCAAACCUCCUCCGAGACCUGGAAACUCUAAACUUUGUCCCGGCAUCCCACGCAGCGAAAGCAAAGAAGAAAGUAACAGAUCCUGGUUUGAUUGAGCGCAUUCGCGCAAGGCUGGAAUUCUGGAGGGAUGUUUUGGUCGCGAAAUGGCAUCUGGCUUUUUCACAGCUUAUUGCAGAUCAGCGGUUUAGUGCACUGGGAUUGGUUUUGAUGGGAACACUAGCAGAGGUCUGCGGUAUUGUGGGAAUUUCGAGAGAGUUGGAGGAAAAGGGUGAUGAGGAAGUGAGGAUGGCGAUUGAGGCUUUUGGGGAGGAGGAGAUGGGUGUGGCGAUCACGAGAGAGGAGGAAGUGAGGAAUUCUGGAGGAGAGGAUCAGGGAGAAGUCGUGUUUCGCACAGAAAUUGAGGUCGAAAACCAGCCCCUUGGGGAUGCCGAGCGGCAGAGCGAGAAACAGGUCGCGCGGAGUGAGAAGCCAAAAAGGAAAAAGAAGCGGAAAAGGGAGGGUGGGGAUGUGAUGGAUGACAUCUUUGGCUGAAGUGGAAUUUUUGCACACUACGUAUACUCUGGCACUCUCUGUCUCGCUGGACAGCAUUUUUCGCAGCCAUCUUGUGCCGCGGUGGCUCGAAGAGCAGGCUCAAACAAGGGGGAAAGCGCUCAGUGCUCCGACUUCACGUGCACCUCGUCAUCCUGCUGGAUGGGAAAGCCAUCGUUUCCCACGCGAACUUGGGUGAACCCAGCCCUCUGAGACAGA